GCCAUGUAAAGGCACCUUUAGCAUAACGUGGCUUUCUCUCUCUGCUGAUAUAAAUUCAAAUCUUACUUUACUAAGUUGGAUUCAAAUUUCUCCUAAGCGGAUUUCAGUCUCCGCUAAAUAGAGUUUUAUAGAGUUUGAAUCUUUGAUUAAUAAUUAUCGACAUAAUUCCAAUUACUGAAUGAAACAAUGAAAAAUAGAGGUUAAGUAGACUCUGAUUCAUUCCUUUAGUAAAAUGUCAAAAGCUGUUGAAAGUACAAAAAAUCCCAAAGAAGAACUGAAUGAGGUUGAAAGUACGGAAAAUUGCAAGAAUUGUGAAAAAGCAUGCGAUCCUUAUGAUAAACCGUCGUUACGUUGUAGUGGUGGUUGCGAUAAAAGAAUACAUAUAGAAUGUUUGGAGAGAGGCAGCGUUCCAAUGUCUUUUGUAGGAGACGUUUUCUUCGAGUUGAAUUGUGCCUCUUGCAAUCCACUAGGUGAGGAAAUGAUCAUACGCGAUAGAAUGCCAUGGCUCAAUGUCAUCAUUUUAACGCUUUACAACCUACGUGAAAAAUCAAGCGGUAUUAGUAAAAGAGGAUACUUUCAUUGGAAAUCUGAUAUUAGUACUUUUGUGGACAGAAAUUGGGAUUAUUUGUUCAAGAAGACUGUGAAGAGAAAGAAAAAUUGGAUCGGUACUAUAUCUGGUACGCUAUCUCAUUAUAGUGCAAUCUUUUUCAAGUCUGGUACCAAUGAAUUAGGAGAGUCUGGAUGGUGGAAAUUAUCAGACAAUGAUCCACCUGAAGUUUUAAUUGCUAAAAAUAGCAAAAUGUUAAUUGAUAAAAAAAAACAUAUUGGUUCAAAACUGUCUUCUAAAUCAUUAAAUAGUCCUGCGCCAUCAGAUUCCAGCAUCUCUGUUGGAGAAGAUAGCAACUGUAGUGGAGAAUUAUUUAAAAACAGAGGCUCAUCAAUAUAUUCUCAUGCAUAUGUUCAACCUACAGAGACAUUGUCUGAUUUUCUAUUCGAAGAAGAUGAGCCAAAUGACAUGGAUAUCGAGGAUGAUAUAAUGUUACACGAUGAAAAUGAGGUCCCAUCUAUCUCUGAUAUAAUGCGCGAUUGUCAAUAUGAAAACAACAAUUUUCACUUGUCACAACUGAUGGAUAAUUGCGACUGGUUGUAUAAUACGAGUUCUUUAUCGCCAAAAUAUACUGGUGAUGAAAUUAAAACAGAGGAAGAAGGGUAUGACGAAGAAAGUCCCGAUAGUCCCGUUUCCAUACUAGAGCAACCUCCAGUUUCCUUAUUUAAAGAAACAAAACGCCGUCCACGACCUUGGUCUAAGUCAUUUGCCACUGCUGAUAAUAAAAUACCGCGCAUGACUUAUCAGGAAGAGCUAUAUUUACUGCAAAGAAUCAAUAAAACUGAUCUCUCGGAAGCACCGCCCGCUGUUAAAAGAUUGUAUAGAAAAUUAGCGGUGCGAAAAAUAAAAAGAGAAUACCAACUUCCAUUAUUGGAUAUUGAUCGUUUUGGAUCUAAACAGGGAACAUCUGCGACAUUAUCAAAAGAUAACGGGCGAGUGUUGGAUCGAUAUUUUAACGAUGAUCUGGGAUGCAUUUUUGAACAAAGAUUGCAGGGUUACAAUGAGCCUACAUCUGUACACAGUCCGUAUACGAAUAGACUUUUGAAACCGUUUAUAAGGCGAGAUACUUCUUGUCAACCACUGUGGUUAAAAAUUAUGGAAGAGCUGUGCGCAAAAACAAAUAGAAACAAUCCACAAUGGAAGCCACCGCUAAGAGCGCCCAUCGAUUAUUCUUACAUUAGACCACAACACAUUCCUGCGAUCAAUAGUUUGUGUAGACAAUUUUUUUGGCCUGAUAUAGAUUUGACCGACUGUUUGCAAUAUCCAGAUUUCACGUGCGUCGUACUGUACAAAAAAUUAGUCGUGGGUUUCGCGAUAUUAGUACCGUAUGUAGGCUAUAACGAGGCUUACAUCUCAUUCCUCUUAACGCGUCCGGAAUGGCGAAAAUCGGGCAUUGGCACAUUUAUGUUAUAUCAUCUGAUACAAACGUGUAUGGGACAGGACGUCACGCUACAUGUGUCGGUUACCAAUCCCGCCUUAAUAUUAUACCAAAAGUUUGGUUUUAAAGUGGAAGAGUUUGUUCAAGAUUUCUAUGACAAAUAUAUGCCGCCGAAUUCACGAGAAUGCAGACACGCUCUGUUUUUACGUUUAAGCAGAUAAUUGAAAAUAAAAUAUUGUCCAUCCAGAAAA